UCCAUAUCUCUCUGUUUCUCUCUCGGUUCUGUGGAACUUGUCCCGAAAAUCGAAAAACUGGAGAAAAAGAUUGAAAAUUGGAUGAAUCGAUCCAUCGCGGAGCUUCUCCGCUAGCUUGUUUCAGUGGUUGAUAGUGUGGAUCAAUGGCGGUGUCAAUGUCUUUAGCAUCGAUGACUGAUGUUAAUCGGGCUUUUCAGGCAUUUGAUCUCUUGCUCAAGAUAACACUUACACAAGGACCUUCAUGGAGCAUGAUAUGGAAAAGAAUCCCUAUGAAUGUGAUUCUACGCUCACUGGUGCAAUUUUCAUGUCCAACCGUGCAACAAAGAAGGAAUGUCUCAAGCGUGGUGUUUUUGGUCUUCCACAGUCACAGGCAAAAUUUGUGAGUGAAGUUAAAGCUGGCAUGCUACUAUUUCUGUUUGAACAUGAGGAAAGAAAGCUUUAUGGGGUGUUUGAAGCAACUUCUGAUGGUGCGAUGAAUAUAAUUCCUAAUGCAUUUCGCUCAUCAGGGAUGCUGUUCCCUGCUCAGAUUAUUUUCAAGAGAAUUUGGGCAUGCAAACCACUAUGUGAAAGUGAAUUCGGCGACUGUAUACGUGAGAACUACUACACACUAAACAAGUUCCACUUUGGUCUUUCAUUGAAACAGGUUAUGAGGCUACUUGGGUUGUUCAGUUUAAAAAAGAUUAAUGUAGGGGAACCACAGAAUUUGAUUAGUAAAUCUAGUGUUGUUAAGACCAAGUCUAUUGGAAAAGACGCAUUGCUUGAUACAUAAUAUACUGCAGCUGAUGCUUCACAUUCUUUUG